UGAUAAGUAGAAUCAGGAAUGUCUAAGCUAUGUUCAAUCGCAGCUUUCAGUAAAGGGGCUUGAAGUUUAGCAGCAGCUGGCUGGGAGGAUGCUGGAUAUAUAUGUACACGAUACCCUAAUAAUAAGUACAAUAGAUGUUGCCCAAUACAAAUAUGGCUACGUCGACCCGCUUACCUACCCGGAAAUAGCGCGCCUCGGUGUUAGUAAUUCCUCUGCCUGUCCCCUUUGCAGACCCGUCUGUGUGGCCGUGUCAUUCCUAUUCAUGGCUGAAUCUUGUCAGAAGCUUCACCAAGACUUUGCCCCUCCGCAGGCAUGGAUAAGGGAGGCGGCUGGGGCCAUGGCGGAGUUCGCCAGAGAUCACGGCUCCCGGGGCACAAGGGUCGUUCUAAUAACAUCGGGCGGAACUAAGGUGCCCCUGGAGUCACGCACUGUGCGCUUCUUGGAUAACUUCAGUAGCGGCAGGCGGGGAUCUGCCUCGGCCGAGUACUUUCUGCGGGCGGGUUACGCGGUCAUCUUCCUGCACCGGCACCGCUCUAUGUACCCGUACAGCCGGCGCUACACCUCCCACAACUGGCUGGACACGCUGCGACUGGUGCCUUCCUCGGAUGCGUCCGGCCAUCAGGUGCAGGUGCAACAGUCGCAGUUACCGGACAUUGUCCGCGUUCUACAGGAAUACAGCAGCAUGAAGGAGUCGGGCCGGUUACUGCCGGUGGAGUUUAACACCCUGUCCGACUAUCUGCACCUCCUGCAGGCGGCAGCUCAGGCUUUCAGCCCGCUAGGAUCAAAUGCUAUGUUCUAUUUGGCUGCAGCGGUUUCAGAUUUCUACAUUCCUGCUUCAGAAAUGCCUGAACAUAAAAUCCAGUCCUCCAGUGGCCCCCUGCAGAUUACAAUGAAGAUGGUUCCGAAAAUGCUUUCGCCUUUGGUUAAAGAGUGGGCCCCAAAGGCCUUUGUUAUUUCAUUCAAACUGGAGACAGAUCCGUCCAUCUUAAUAGAGCGAGCACGGAAGGCAUUGGCAACUUAUAGCCAUCAGGUAGUUGUUGCCAAUGUGCUGGAUUCCCGGAGAUCAUAUGUUGUAGUUGUAACAAACACAGAUGAGGCAAACCUUUCCGUGUCUGAAGAAGAAGAAAGACUUGGUGUAGAAAUAGAGGAAAAGAUCAUUGAGGAUAUAGUCACACGUCACACCAGUUUUAUAGGAAACCUUGAUGAAAAAAGCAAUGCCUCUAAGAAUUAAAGUACACCCAUGCAAAAAUGUCAUUUAGGACAUGUAUGGUUUUUCUGGUCCCAGUUAUUUGCAAAAUAAAUAUACGGUUAUGCUGCUUGAGCCAUAUGGAAUAGGAAAAUGCUUCUAAAAAUUCAUCUUGAACUGCUGUAUUCCUGUCCCAAAAGGGCCCAGAUAGGAUCUUAUUGUCACGUGAAGGAAUCCAGCCCUAGUGGUGGGGCGGCACAUUAAUUAUGUUUUUAUGAAUAAAAAAAUUAGUAAUUCA